UAGCGUCAUGAAUAGAAUAUUGUUUCCGAAUCAUGGAGAACUACGCUUGCACUAUUUAGGGAAACUGGUUCAAGGUUGAACGUGGUUAGUGACAUAUGAAAUGCACAUCUCUCAUCCGCUCUUCACAUAGGUAUGUAAAUGUGCUCUUCCAAAAGUAACGAAAUCGGUUCGCUAGAUACACGUUUCAUAUAUAAUCAUGCUAUUUCCGUGGGAUAGGAUCAGUACCGGUUCACCAUCCCACUAAUGAAAAUGUCACCAUCGUUAUCGGUGUUGUUAGCUGUUGUGGCAUCGAUGGCUGGAAUUGGUGGAAUUAACUGCGGUCUGCUGGACAUGUUCAACACUAAUUCGGAUUACCAUUUGGCUGCAUCGAUGGAUGCGGUGUUUGGAGCCCUGAGAAAUGACAUAGGUAACUUCUUGGAGGGGAAUAUUAAAAAUCCGGUGGAGAAGGAGGUCACAUUCUGGUGUGGCAAUAGAAAUUCAACGCAGUUGAAGCAGACUUUCGUAAACGAUACGGACUUAGAUUCGAAGCUUGAUCUUAGCAAACCCUUGACGUUUAUCAUUCAUGGCUGGUUGGACAACUCGACCCGGAUAUGGGUUAAAACAAUGGCUCAGGAUAUGAUGAAGUAUGCGGAUACCAAUGUAUGCGGAGUUAACUGGUCACGUCUAGCCCGACACAACUACUAUCAGGUGGCGAUGAACCACACACUGAUAGUAUCCAGCUAUUUGACUAAGUUUGUCGAAUAUUUAAGAAGUGCUGGUAUCGAUUUGGAACAUAUCACCUUCGUUGGUCACAGUAUGGGAGCGCAGAUUAGCGGUCAGGCUGGGAAGAAUCUGAAUGGAAAGAUCGGAAAAAUCUACGGCCUAGAUCCAGCCGGCCCUUGCUUCACCUUCCCCAGGGACCGGGGGUUGCAGUAUCGGUUGGACAGCAGUGAUGCCAAGUUCGUCCAGAUGAUUGUGACUUCGAGAUUCAUGAUCGGUGUUGGAGCUGGUGAUGGACAUGAAAAUUUUUACCCAAACGGAGGGUAUUCUCCACAGACCAACUGUGCCAUACCGGUGACCAGCGAUGCCGAGUUCGCAGAUCAAAUUAUGUGCAGCCACUUACAUUCCACGACACUGUUCCGAUUGGCAUUGAAUCCGGCUAUUGUCUAUAGGGCUCGGCGUUGCGUCAAUUGGCCAUUGUAUUUGUUGACGUUUUGCAACACGAAUGAGGCGAAUGUGAUUGGAGUUUAUAGUAAACAGAAGGCGGGUCAUUUCUAUUUGAGGACAUCGGCAUUUACACCUUUUACUGCUUUAUUUCCAACAAAUUGAAUGAGAACAGUAUAAUAAACAUUUAUAUAAUUUUCAUUUUCA